AAUCAGAGAUGAGUUUUUCACCACUUCCUAGCACAUGGGCUGUGGAUCAUCCAGUAGUAAUGAACUGGACGCCCUUUUUCCUACGUCACACGUCUGAAGUAUACAACCUCUGAGGAGUUAGACACAGAAAGGAAACACGGGCCUGCUAAAUGUGUAACAUUCAAGGGAAAUGAUGGAGAACCCGGCCAACAGAACCAAGCACACUGAAAGUACGGGAGACUGCGCCAUAUGCCUGGAGAAGAUUCAGAGGAAGAAAACGCUCAAGUGUCAACACUCUUUCUGCUCGGAGUGCAUCGACUCUGUUUUCAGCCUGAAACCCGCAUGUCCGAUAUGCAACACCUUCCACGGAGUGUACACGGGGACCCAGCCGCAGGGCACGAUGACGGUGAACUCCAGCUUCAUGAAGCUGCCGGGCUUCGAGAAGUGCGGCACCCUCGUCAUUCAGUACACUUUCCCAGCGGGGAUACAAGGGCCUGAGCACCCAAACCCCGGGGUGAGGUACAGUAGCACCUCUCGUACAGCCUACCUGCCAGACUGCACAGAGGGACAGAAAGUCCUGAGGCUGCUGAAGAAAGCGUUCGACCGAAGACUGACGUUUACCAUCGGACGGUCGGCCACAACGGGCCUCAACAACGUUAUCACCUGGAACGACAUUCACCACAAGACCAACAUAGAUGGCGGCCCGCAGUGUUUUGGAUAUCCAGAUCCAGCGUACCUUUUCAGGGUUCAGGAGGAGCUUCGUCUCAAAGGUGUAACAGAAGAUGAUUGAUUGUUCCAAGAUAUCCUUUAGACAGAUUUAGUGUUGCUCAUAAUAACAUUUCCAGUUGCAAGUCAGCACUUUUCCACAGCAACGUUCACUACUGAUACUUGAAGAUGUGUUUUUCAUUUGAGCUGGCUAAACCAAGGGACAUGUUAAGCUUUUUCAAAGAUAAUUUUUUCCCGCUUUAUUCUUAAGUUGCUAGUUUACUUUAAGCCAAUAGAGAAGGACAAGUUUGGUGUUGAUUUUGAUGGAUUUCCGAAGUGUUUCUUUGGCAUGUUCUGUAAAAUACACACAGCACUGUCCCCAUUUAUUGGCACCCUUUGUAGAGGCGUACAAAAAGCCUGAAAAUAAGUAAAUCUUUUGUUCCAUUAUCCUGAUCGCACACUAGAAAAUAUGCCUCAGUUUUAGUUUUUUUUAAUCAUCACUCAGGCUGUAGAUACACACAUGUUAAUGCAAGAAGACAUUUACUGACUUAUGAGGAUUGUUUGAAUGGCAUGUUCUUUUCUCUUUCCCAGUUUUAGGAGUGAAUAAGAGAAACAGACCUUCAUUUGUCUAUAUAUUUAUGUAUAAACUCAGGAAACAGGAGAUCAUAGAAUACUAAUUAAAAAAUCCUAGAUACGCAAUCAUUCGAUCAGUUCGAAAAAGUAAAGUAUCUAUUCAUAAAAUUGUUUUUAUUACACUUAUUAGUUGAAAACCUAGUUUUUAAAUUGAGGUACAAUGUUUUGUGAGAGAUUAUGCUACUGCAAUGACAGUUUAGUUUGUUAGGUGGAUUUCUUUUUUCCAGGGAUGCCAAUAAAAGUAGAGGAUGCUGUGUUUGUAACAAUUUAUUUCAAGCUGCCAUUUGCACUGGAUAAAAACAUAAUAUAAAGGAAUAGCUAUCAAAAAGAUCUAUGGCAGCGUGAUAUAAAUGCUUCUGAUGAUACUAUGUAUUAUUGUUUUAGUUGACAAUCAGUCCUGUGUAUCCGACGACCUUAAAAUAUUUUGUAAUAUUUGUGCUUUUCCAGCUCCCUCGUUCUUAAAAACAAAAGAUGGGAAAGCAUGCAAACUUUUUUCAGUGAAAAUAUAUUUGAACAUAACAUAACAUUCCCAUAAAAUAUGUUUGUCCAAAUUUAAACUAUACCUUUAAAUGGGGUGUCAUUAAAAAGUAAUGACACGUUAUUCUUUAAAAUGAGUAAAAACCAUUUAAAGAAUGGCUAAUAAACUAUGGCUAAUAUCCAUAGUUAUUUUUUGCAACAAUGCAUAUUGAUUGAUUUUGUGCCUUAUGCAAUAUCAGAUAAGGUAGUGCCUUAAAAAAUACCAUUUAUUUUGAAAUCACCGUCUGUUCCUGUGUCUGCAGUUUAAAUAUGUACUUUUUAAUCCCUGCCAUUACCAUGCCAGGGCACUAGAUGGCGGCUUUUCCUAAUAUAAGGCCUGUUGGAUAGUAUUUUCAUUAUUUCUCUCACACCUCAAAGUUUCUUGUCUAAUGUAUUUGGGUCAGUUUAAUCAGAAAACAGCUACACGACAGAGAGACAGCGGAAGUUGCUUUGUGUUAUAUGUAGGGGGAAUACGUACCGCCGCCGUUUGGUGAUAGUUAAAAGCUGAAUGUGAAGCUGUUAUUCUUCCUUAAAUGUCAUUUUUGAACCAAAUAAAUCUUUCUUUAAGACCUGC